AGGGUCACACAAGUAUAUAUACCCCACAUACUCCCAUGCCACCAUUCUCUGAAGAUACCAGCCACAGAUGAUGGAGAAACGUCAGGAAUAAAUUCGACCAGAACGAGGCCACAUAGGCUGGGAAACCCACAGAAAACAAUGGACACCAGCCAGGAAAUCCUUCGACUUCACAAAUGUUUGAUAAAUUUGUAGUAAAUUUGCUCAGAAGCCAAAUUUACCAUUAAUUCUACCGCUCAGUUUGGGUGAUGAUUAAGGUUAGGCUGGCAUAGCUGUUGGUACCUCCCAGCAGUGGAAAGCUAUAUUAAAGUCCCAAGGAAAGAGUCUCUUUUAGCUGGCCAAGAAGUGAAGUUUUCUAUCGAAGCAAAUACCUCCGUAGUGACACCUAUAAUUGUAAUAUCGAAGCAAACAGAAUUGUGGUAUCAGAAUUUGGAACGAUGGCUUAUCCGGAUCCGUGUAAAAACAUCUUUGCCAAGGCAUUCUGCUAUCUAUCCCACACGAUACCUGAGUUCACCGACAACUGCCUCAUCAACAUCAUGAGAAAUGGUGAGGAUUUCUAUGCUACAAGUGAGGUCAAUUUCAUUAGGAAGAUCAAUCCACGGACCCUGGAAACACUGGAAAAGGUUGACUAUGCGAAGUACGUAGCCGUCAAUCUGGCAACGGCCCAUCCCCAUUAUGACUCUGCUGGAAAUGUUCUUAACAUGGGAACCUCCAUUGUGGAUAAGGGGAAAACGAAAUAUGUGAUCUUCAAGAUCCCUGCUUCAGUACCAGUAUGUGAAAAGAAGAAGAAAAAGUCCUGCCUGAAACAUCUAGAAGUCAUGUGCACCAUCCCCUCCCGCUCUCUCUUGCAUCCCAGCUAUUACCACAGCUUUGGCCUUUCGGAAAACUACAUCAUUUUUGUAGAGCAACCAUUCAAACUGGAUAUACUCAAGAUGGCAACAGCCUAUAUCAGAGGGGUGAACUGGGCCUCUUGCCUCGUCUUCCAUAAAGACGACAAGACCUGGAUCCACCUCAUUGACAGGAAGACCAAAAAAGUCACGUCUACCAAGUUUUACACAGAUGCCAUGGUCCUCUUUCACCACGUGAAUGCCUACGAGGAAGAUGACCAUGUGGUUUUUGAUGUCAUCUCCUACACCGACAAUAGCCUUUACCAGAUGUUCUAUUUGAAGAACCUGGGCAGUAACUUUGAGAACAACGUGAAACUCACCGCCAUACCGACCUGCAAGAGGUUUGUGCUUCCUCUGCAAUGUGACAAGGACACAGAAGUGGGCUCCAAUUUAGUCCGACUCCCAUCAACCACUGCAACGGCUAUGAAGGAAAGAGAUGGUAGCAUCUAUUGCCAGCCUGAGAUACUAUGCGAAGGAAUAGAACUGCCUCGGAUCAACUAUGACUACAAUGGCAAAAAGUACAGAUACAUCUUUGCUGCAGAGGUUAAAUGGAGUCCAGUUCCCACACAGGUAGUUAAAUUUGACGUUCUGACCAAGGAAAGACUUCACUGGGAGGAAGAACAUUGUUGGCCGGCUGAACCAAUCUUUGUUCCUAGCCCAAAUGCCAAAGAAGAAGAUGAUGGUAUCAUCCUCUCAACCAUCGUGACAUCGGAUCCAAAGAAGCUACCUUUCCUGCUGAUACUGGAUGCCAAAACAUUCAAAGAAAUCGCCCGAGCCACAGUCAACGUUGAACUCCACCUGGACUUACAUGGCUGCUUCAUACCUCAGAAGGAUUUGAAAACAGAGCAUGAGGGAGAGUUGGACAAAGAACUAGAGUAAAGUGCAGUUCUUUCUUACACAGCAAACAGCAUGAAUAAGACCUGCUGUAAACUACUGAAAAGUCUAUCGAUACUCCCCUCUUCCAUGGAUGUGGCUGUGUGUUGACCUGCACUGGCCAGUUCUUGGCACUGUGCUGGCGCAGUGAUCUGUAUAUGUGACAACGUAGCACUUAUUGUUUCGUACUGUGAAAUGUAGAGCUGAUCCAGUCCCUGGCCCGCCUGCACAAGUAAAGAGAAUGCUGCAGAGAUGCCUCUUCUCCUUACCUUCUGGAACCUGUGGAAAACUUAGUUAUAUUCCAGAUAUGCUUCAAUACCAGUUGCAGAGUGAUACCUUUUGAAGUGCAGCUGUCAUUUUAACCCACUGGCUCUAAGUCUGGCCUCUGGUGCAACAGAGUGCAAAUCUGUGCCAACUCCUACAUAUCCAGAUAUUCAGAAGGCAAUUACCACUUCUUUCUCCUUAGUCUGUUUUCUGAGUGCACUUUUAACAAUACAUAGCACUUGAAACUGGAUACAAUAAAAAUGAGAGGAAGGAGGAUAUUUCCGCUUAGAAACGCAGAGGAGAGAUUGUGCGACUAAACUUGCCUUUACACUCAGAACUCAUUGCUUAUAGAAGACUAGCAGAUCAGUUUAGGUCUCACUGCAUUUGGAUAUGCUUUCUUAAUUAGUGCUUCCCCAUGCCCUUCCAUAGUGAAGCAAUUCCUGAUGCAUGGUAUGUCACUACUGGGCCAUAAACGUGGCAUCUCCAACUUUUGUGUUGAAAUCAGCAGUGAAUAUUUUAUGACAUGGAACUGAACAGAUUAUGGCUCUGAUUAAAAUGAUCUUAAGAGGACAAAAUGAUCUUAAAGAGGAAUAUAGUUCAGAAGUUGACAGCCCUAUAUCUUACGUUGUGGGGAAGUGAUCCCACUCUGGUGCCUUGUAUUGUCUGUUGAACCAAAAUUACUUCUUCAGGUUCCUCACAGUUAGUAACAUGUAACAGUUUUCUAGGCCAUGGAAACCCACUGGGUGACCUUGGGCAAGUCACACUCUCUCAGCCUCAAAGAGGGCUGCAAUGGCAAACCCCCUCUGAAAAAUAGAAAUCCCAUGAUUUCUUUAGGGUUGCUGUAAGUCAGAAAUGGCUCGAAGGCACAAAACAACAACAAAUAGGAAUCUGAACAGAAGCUUGCAGCAAGGUUUUACCUUCUCCAAGGGAAGCCUGGGUUGUGCUUAAGCAGGCAGUAUAACACUACAUCGCUUUGUGUGGCAAUGAAUACAGCCCAGUCCACAGUAUUGCCACUUCAUAUGCUGGCUUGUUUGAACUAAUUGCAAAACAACCCUGAGCUAACCAAAAAAUUCACUAGAGAGUAUCUUUUGAAAGUGAAGCCUCACUACUAUGAAACAAAUGGCGAUUUGCAUACAACUGAGGCCAGUAUAUUAUUCUUUUUUCUCUUGUGGUGCCAAGGUCUGUAGCUGGAGCAUAUUUGUGGUAGGACUUGCAAGGUAUUUGUCUCUUUGCAAUGAACCUGUGCCUGUUAGCUGCUUGAGCAAGCAUGUUUACAAUGCCAUGCGCAACAUGACUCACGCUUGCCUACUUUUUAUAUAAUCACUUCUUCCAGGCCGCACAUAAACCGUAAUGGGGCGAGGGGGGGUUCUUUAGUCUGCUUUUGUCAGAAUUGUAAUUGUUUUAGGAAUUGCUGUCAGCUGAUCUGGGUGCUUCAUUUCCUCAAUUCAGUGACCAAAGUGAAACGCCAAAUGAAGGUGCUAAAAGGUUUUUUUCACCAGAUGUUUAGGUACAGCUUCUGCUGCGGAAGUGAAUCUUUUGGGGGGCUUGUUAAAAAAUGUGUUCUUUUUCCUAUGAGGAAGAACGACUCUGCUUCAUUUCAAACUCCAUGUGGUUUUACAUAAUUUAAAAUUAUAUUUUAUGCAAAACAAGCCUUUCUUUCUUUCUUAUUCAUUCGGCUGUGCUUGGUUUUGUUCUGCUGGGACAUCAAAUACAAGUUCACUGUGUUUACCUUCUCA